CUUCGUUCCUACCAGUCGCUUUAACCAUUACAGCAAACAAGGGUGAAGUUGUCAACAUUUCCUUCAUCAGAAAGGUUUUCAAUGAGGAAGAUGCAGUAAUCUACAAAAAUGGUACGUUUAUAUACUCUGUUCUCAAGCGAGUUCCAGAACUGCUAACAAUACCCCUGUCUUCAGUUCACCUUGAUAAUGCAGGAGUUUAUUCAGCCAGAUACAUAGGAGGAAGCCAUUUCACUUCAGCCUACACUCGACUGAUUGUACGAAGGUGUGAAGCUCAGAAAUGGGGACCUGAGUGUUCUUUUCCUUGUCCAGACUGCAAGAAUAAUGGCAUCUGUCAUGAAGAUACUGGAGAAUGCAUUUGCCCACCAGGCUUUAUGGGGAAAACAUGUGAGAAAGCUUGCGGAGAAAACACAUUUGGGAAGGCAUGCCAAGAAAAAUGUAAAGAAAAAUCAGGAUGCAAAUCUUUGGUGUUCUGCUUGCCUGAUCCAUAUGGAUGUUCAUGUGCCUCAGGAUGGAAGGGACUCCUGUGUGAUGAAGGUUGUGAGCCCGAUUUUUAUGGACCAGACUGUAAAUUGAAGUGUAACCACUGCAGUAAUCGAGGAGCAUGUGACAGUUUUAAGGGCUGCAUCUGCCAGUUUGGGUGGCAUGGUCUGCAAUGUGAAAAAGAAGGUACACCGGAUGAAUCCCCCAAGAUAGAGACCUCGCUUGAUGAAAUUGAACUCAAUGCUGGUUCAGAGUUCAAGUCGACCUGCACAAUUACUGGCAAACCACCUCCUACCAAGGAAGACAUUAAAUUAAUUAAAAAAGAUGGAGCCAUCCUUCUACCUGUCACAGUAGCCAAAAAAAGCAACAUGUCAGAUGCUUUAGAAGCUACAUUUCUUAUGAAAAGUGUCCAGCCUGGUCAGCCACGGGAUUUUGGCAUGCCCUCCCCACCCCCUUUUCUCUGUGUUUUUGUGUUUCAAGACAGUCUUGAUUCCUGCAACUACAAGUCCAUGCGUAUUUAUGGCAAUAUUUUUCAAAAGAGGUUUGCCAUCUUCUUCUUUCUAGAGCUAAGAGAGAGUGUUCUUCCUGUGCCUCAGAAUGCUCCAACAUUGAUAGAAAGAGGCCAUAAUUUUCUCAGGAUUGCAACAAAUGCUGGAUCGUAUUUUGGAGAUGGACCAAUUGUAUCCACUCAGAUUCUAUACCAACGUGCCAACUCUCAAUGGAUGUCAGAGCAAGUCACAACAGACCCCUGGCGACUAAACAAUCUAGAACCAAAAACGCUGUACUCUGUAUGUGUUCGCCUGACUCGUAGAGGAGAGGGGGGCGCAGGACACCCUGGUCCACCAACCAACUUUGUUACAGCUGCUGUUGGUCUUUCUCCACCAAGAGGGCUACUCCUAGUUCCCAAUAGUACAACGGCUCUAAAACUGUCAUGGCAGCCAAUCAACCAACACUUGGAGGAAGACAUCCGCAUUGAAGUAGAAAAUAAAAGUGUGGUGGAUGUAAAUGGGGAGCAUACUACCACUAUACAACUCCCAGGAAAUCAGACCAGUUUGGUUAUUGACAGACUAGAACCCAGGCAUAAGUACAUGUGCCGAGUCCGUAUAAAUAGUAAGUCCAAGGGAGAAUGGAGUGACUAUCUCUCAGCAUGGACCUUCAGUGACAUUCGAAGUGAGUCCAAAGGAGGUCAAAUGUUGCUGAUUGCUAUCCUGGGAUCAGCAGGGAUGACUUGCCUGACCAUACUACUGGCCUUUUUCAUUAUGCUACAGUUGAAGCGGGCAAAUUUCCAGCAGCGCAUGGCCCAGGCUUUCCAAAAUGUGGUGAGGGAUGAACCAGCCGUACAGUUCAAUUCGGGAACUCUGACUCUAAGCCGGAAAGCCAAAAAUAGCACUGAGCCUACAAUCUACCCAGUUUUGGAAUGGAAUGACAUCAAAUUUCAAGAUGUGAUUGGAGAAGGCAACUUUGGGCAAGUUCUGAAAGCCCGAAUUAAAAAAGACGGCUUGCGAAUGGAUGCCGCUAUCAAAAGGAUGAAAGAAUAUGCUUCCAAAGACGAUCACAGAGAUUUUGCUGGAGAACUGGAAGUACUUUGUAAACUUGGACAUCAUCCUAACAUCAUAAACCUUUUAGGCGCCUGUGAACAUCGAGUUUAUCCAUCGGGAUCUAGCAGCAAGGAACAUUUUGGUUGGAGAAAAUUAUGUUGCAAAAAUAGCCGAUUUUGGUUUAUCUAGAGGUCAAGAAGUUUAUGUUAAAAAGACCAUGGGAAGACUUCCAGUGCGAUGGAUGGCAAUUGAAUCUUUAAACUACAGCGUGUAUACCUCCAACAGUGAUGUUUGGUCAUAUGGCGUGCUGUUAUGGGAAAUAGUUAGCUUGGGUGGAACACCAUACUGUGGGAUGACCUGCGCAGAACUCUAUGAAAAAUUGCCCCAAGGGUAUAGACUGGAGAAGCCACUCAACUGUGAUGAUGAGGUUUAUGAUUUAAUGAGGCAGUGCUGGAGAGAAAAACCUUAUGAAAGGCCAUCUUUUGCCCAGAUACUCGUUUCCUUGAGCAGGAUGUUAGAAGAAAGGAAGACUUAUGUGAAUACAACUUUGUAUGAAAAGUUCACCUAUGCAGGCAUUGACUGUUCCGCUGAAGAAGCUGCUUAAGAUGGAAGAUUUUAAAUUAUUUAUCAGUUUGAAUGACUUAAGAGCUUGAUCUCCUGGGGAAUGUUUUUUGAAGUAAAGGUGUUACGACAUUUUCUGUAUAAUACUUUUUGACUAUACACAUACAGGUAAUCCUUGUCUUAUGAUUACAAUUGGGAUUGAAAUUUCAGUUGUUGCAGUCGUAAGUUGAGGCAUUAUGUGACUGGACUCGAUUGUUACGAUUGUUUUUAUGACAGUUGCUCAACAUGUCACCAGAGUCACUGUGAAUGAUGGUGCCAUUAAAUGAACCACAUGGUCAUAAAUGCAAACCCAUUUUAUCUGGCAGCUAUUUUUGCUGCGUUUUGCCAAAAAAAAGGGGGGGGGCAAGAAAUGUUACAAAAUUCAAUCAGGUGACCACAGGAUGUUGCAACCAGUAAAAAUGUGAGCUGUUUGCCAAGGUCCAGAGUAUAACCGUGUGACCAUUUGGCUAAUAUGACAGCCAUAACAUCAAAGACAGAUCACAAAUAACUUUUUUUUUCAAAUCGGUUGUAAUGUCAAACGUUUCUUAAGCGACUGAUUGUAAAUCAAGGACUACUUGUACCAUAAGAGUGUACUUUCAAGUCAGUAUGCUCUA